CCCUGUCCUUGUUUUGGCUUUGUCUGACAACAUAAAAGCUAGGAAAUCUCUCAGCUGAUUGAUUGGGACGAUCUUUAUCAAAAGCAUAGAAAACACAUUCGCCAGGCUUGUGCUUGUCCUAUUUCACAGAAGAGAAAGACAAAUGGAGACUGUUUAUAGAAAGAUGCAGCUCCUACUGCUACUCCUCACUUGUUUGUGGUCUCAUGUAGCCUCACAGCACCGUUUAGCGGUGGAUAUCUGUACUGCUAAGCCAAAGGAUAUCCCAGUAAAUCCAAUUUGCAUCUACCGCAAUCCUGAGAAGAAACCACAGGAGGAUGCAGGUCCUGGUUCCGAUCCAGAGACAAUCCCCGCCUCUACCAAUCCUCGUGUCUGGGAGUUGUCCAAAGCCAAUUCCCGCUUUGCUGUCAACUUCUACAAGAACCUGACCAGCUCCAGGAAUACUAUUGAAAAUGUCUUCAUGUCACCAAUCAGCAUCUCCACAGCCUUUGCCAUGACCAAGUUGGGGGCCUGUGGCAACACACUUCAACAGCUCAUGACGGUUUUUAAGUUCGACAGCAUUUCAGCAAAGACAUCAGAUCAGAUCCACUUCUUCUUUGCCAAACUGAACUGCCGACUUUACAAGAAAAUCAAUAAAUCUGCAGAAUUGAUAUCUGCCAACCGACUAUUUGGGGAGAAAUCCCUUGUUUUCAAUGAAACCUACCAAAAUAUAAGUGAGGUUGUUUAUGGAGCUAAACUUUGGCCAUUGAAUUUCAAGGAGAAGCCGGAGUCGUCUAGAGCAACCAUUAACAACUGGGUAGCAAAUAAGACGGAGAAUCUCAUCAAGGAAGUCAUUCCAGAAGGAGGCAUUGACCAGAACACAGUUUUGGUACUCGUCAAUACCAUCUAUUUCAAGGGCAACUGGAAGUCUAAGUUCCCCAUUGAAAACACACAGAUGGAACCGUUUUUCAGAACACCGUCAGAUUCCUGCCUGGUGCCUACAAUGUAUCUGGAAAAUUUCUUCCGCUACGCCAACAUCCCAAGUUCCCAAGUACAAGUUCUGGAGCUACCCUACAAAGGGGAUGAUAUUACCAUGGUGCUUAUCCUGCCCUUUGAGGGAAAGCCCUUGGCUCAGGUGGAGCAAGAGCUGACAGCAGACAAGUUGGAAGGAUGGCUGAACGCCCUGAAAACGGCCAACCCCGCAGUUCAUUUGCCCCGGUUUAAGAUAGACGACAGCUUCAGCCUAAAGGAGAAACUGCAACAAAUGGGAUUGAAGGAUCUCUUCGAUCAUGGACAUGCCAGCCUGCCAGGGAUGAUUGCAGGAUCGCAAGCAGACCUUUAUGUUUCGGAAGCAUUCCACAAAGCCUCCCUUGAGGUGAAUGAGGAAGGCAGCGAGGCAUCUGCUGCCACAGCGGUCAUGGCCACAUUCCGUUCAUUCCGUAGGGACAGACUUGUCUUCCGUGCCGACAGACCUUUCAUGGUGCUAAUACGAGAGGUUUCUAUCAACUCUAUCCUCUUCAUGGGCAGAGUUGCUGAUGUAUGCUCUCUUAACCCAUCAGUUGAAGAGUAAUGGCCUUGCCUUCUAUUUCUUGGCAUCUGUCUAGCUAAUAAAAAUUCUUCCUUAUGGUAUUGUGACAUGCUACCUUGCCACAAAAUCCCUCUCUUUUAUUUCCCUUGUGAACAUUUUGUUCCUGCUGGUUGUGCAGGCCUGACAUUAGAGAUAUAUAUGCCGCUUUAAGCAUGUUUUUAUCUUUGUUCUUAUUAGUUUUUAUUAGCUCAUUGCUUCAGGCCUUAGAAGCAGAUCCAGAAACACAUUAAAUAAUUUUUUCUACAGUCCACCAGUUCCAUAAAUGCAAUGACUGCUCUGCUCUUGGAGGCUGGGGAAAAUAUGUAGUCUCUUGAUCAAAUUGAUGGUUGAAAUCAGUAAAGAUGAUUUAACUAGUUGGAAUGUAUUGCAAUAAUAAAAUGAAGAUCUCAUAUCCCAGUCAAGGGAUUAUCGGAAUAAGGGAAUUUUGGUGCGGUCUAGAUUUAUCCAGAUGUAUACAGUUCACAAUCCUGCUUUGAAAGAAGUGGGUUUAAAUGCAUGAAAACUCAUACAUAAAUAAAAACUAGUUAAGUCUUAAA